UAUAAUAAAAAUACAAAAAUUUUGGGUUUUCCCAGCAGAAAUAUUUUACAAUGCGUUGUUUAGUUUCGAGGAUAUUCUUUAAUCGUAUUGGAAGAAGAAAUGAAUAAUGAUUUAUCGUUAUUCAAUUAUUGCCACGAGAAACUUUCCGGCAAAUACUACUGACUAACAGUUGGUUAAUUGUGGAAAUUAAAUCUUGAGUGCAAUAUAAAUGAUGGCUUCCAUACUAAGUGCUGAAAGUAGACCCCGAGAGGGUUCUACCGAUAAUAAAUAUAUUUCUGUCGCAGAGUUUUAUAAUGGCAGAAGUAUAUUUAUAACCGGAGGAACAGGCUUCAUGGGCAAGGUUCUGAUAGAAAAACUGCUACGUUCAUGUCCAGGAAUCAAAAAUAUCUUUAUCCUAAUUCGGCCCAAGCGAGGACAAGAUGUAUCGGAACGAUUGCUAGAGAUGAUUAGCAGCCCACUUUUCGAAAGAAUUCGUCAAGAAAAUCCAGCUAACCUGAAGAAAAUUGUUCCAAUUAAUGGAGAUAUAACUUUAAAUGAGCUAGGAAUUUCUGAAAUUGAUCAGAGUACAAUUUGCCAAGAAGUGUCCAUAGUAUUUCACUCAGCAGCCACUGUCAAAUUUGAUGAAAAAAUUAAAGAAUCUGUCACGAUAAACAUGAUAGGAACUAAACAAUUGAUGGAGUUAUGUCAUAGGAUGCUCUGCUUAGACGCUCUGGUGCAUGUAUCCACAGCAUAUUGCAAUUGCGAUAAAAAAGACGUUUGUGAAAUUAUAUAUCCCCCUCCAUACAAUCCUGAAGAUAUAAUACAAUUGGUUAGGUGGUUUCCGGAAGAUAUCCUGGAGAAGCUCACUUUCUCGCUAAUUGGAAACAGACCAAAUAACUAUACUUUCACGAAAGCUAUGGCGGAACACAUGCUAUUGAAAGAAGCAAGGGGCCUGCCAGUGUCUAUAGUUAGACCAUCGAUAGUUUUAUCGAGCUUUAAGGAACCAAUUAGUGGUUGGGUUGAUAACUUCAAUGGCCCAACAGGUAUUGUAUCUGCAGUUAGCAAAGGAUUAUUUAGAACAAUUUUAUGUGAGGAAUCAUACGUAGCUGAUUUAAUACCAGUGGAUUUAGUAAUAAACCUUAUGAUUGUUGCUGCCUGGCAUACUGCUUCUAGAAGAAAUGUAAGCAAUAUUACGGUGUAUAAUUGCACUAGUGGCAACGACAAUCCUAUUACUUGGGGAAAAUUCGUACACAUGUGUAUUAAAAACAUGAGAGAACAUCCUGUCGAGGGAGUUUUGUGGUAUCCCACUGGAAAUUUGAGGACAAAUUUUGCAUUAAACUUCAUUCAUGGGUUACUGACACAUUUUAUUCCAGCAGUAUUCCUGGACAUCAUUUCCAUUGUUAUGGGAAGGAAACCAAUCAUGAAAAUCGUUCAAUCAAAGCUUGGAAAAGCUGCGACAUGCCUCCAGUAUUUUACGAAUGCACAAUGGCGUUUUCGCAAUGAUAAUGUGCGAAAUUUACUAACUUUUCUAAGCACGGAAGACAAACACAUUUUUCAAUUCGAUGUUGCAACUAUCGACUGGACAGAUUAUAUCCAAAGAUAUGUACUUGGCUUUCGUGAGUUUCUGUUUAAGCAGAGUCCCUCAACACUAGAGAAAUGCAGAAACAACAUGUAUAAAAUGUAUCUACUUCAUCAGUUCACGAAACUAGUUUUGAUUGGAUGUAUUUGGCGCUUCCUUUUAAAAAAAUCGUACAGGCUGAGAAGUGUCUGGCAAAAAAUUCUUAAUAGUCUAGUAGGAAUUAUGAAAAUUAUAGCCUUUUUCUGAUAACAUAUUUAUUUAUUUGUAAAAGUUACAGCGCCCCUACAAUCCAUUUAUUAAAAGCACAUGGAUAAAUCCAA